AUGCAUGGAGUCCUGUGGUGGACAGGGUGUGCCCCUGGGUUGCAUUCAGUGUUUCUGGGAUAAACUCCAGACCUACCAUAACUCUGACUAGGAUAAAGCAAUUAUUGAAGCUGAAUGAAUGAAUGAAUGAAUGCAAAAUCUGGACACUGAUGUGGAGUCUGAUGCAAUUGGCCAAGUUUGAGAAGAUAAUGGAUGAGGCUGAAACAGUUUUGUGUACAGCAUGUUAAUUAGUAUGAAUGAACGAAUGAAGAUGAAUUUUGAUACAUGUUGUCAGAGCUGGUAAGUGGGAGUGGCGUCCAAUCAGAGGUGCUUUUAUUUGCAUAAUCUAUUGUAUAAAGGGAAUAGAAAAUUGUUAGACUCUUGUGGUGUAUUGUUAUCGUGAAGUCAUGUGGAUUAUUCUUUCUUCUUUGCUAAUUUGUUGAUAUUUCUUCGCACGUAUUUGAGUGUUUUGGCCGAUUUGUCAUGAUAGCAAGCACCACUCUUAAGAAUAAAUGCAUACUCUACUCGAAGGGUGUGAAAUAGUGCUUGACACCGCUGAUUGGAAAUCUGCGCCGUCUUACGUCACUAAAGCAGUGCGCGCGGACUAGUCAUCCCCUCCACUACGCGAGAGAGCGCGCGCCUCCGUCUCGAAUGCGGGGGAUCCAGAUGCGCGCCCGUGCGCGGCACAGCUAUUCCGGUUAGAGCUCGGAUUCCAGGAGAAGAGCGAUACACGCUCAAAAUCCAAGACGAGCUGCGGAAGGAGGCGAGAGGCGAGAAAGCUGCAGUGGGAGUAAAAUAAAUAAACAAAGAAAGAAAUCAUACUAAUAAUAUUAACUGCAUCACCCCGGGAAUACUCGGAUGUAAAAAUCGAGCGCGCGUGAUCUUGUUUAAUUCGGCUGGAAUUAUGAGGAUGGACGCGCAGCUUGGAAUUACCGGAGCUUUAAGAUUGUGAACUAGUGUGGACCUCUCUUAACCUCCUGCUCUUGCCAUUUUGUGCAUUGACGGAUUUUUUUUUUUAAUUUAUGUCUUUUCUUAUUUUUUAAGUCUCUCUCUCUCUCUCUCUCUCUCUCUCUCUCUCUCUCUCUCUGUCUCACACACACACACAUAUUUAUAUAUGUAUAUAUCUUCUUCCCCCCCAAUGUCGUGAGUCCUCCGGUAUUUUUCUAUGCUUUCAUAUCCCGCGUGACCGAAGCCCGGUGGGCGGAUGGAUGGUGAAAAGCUUCACUCCGCCACUGAGAAGCUGCUCGAUCUUGUGAACUGAGGCGCGUCAUGGACGUUGAACUUCGUUCGUACCUAAAAAAAGCAUCCGGCACUGUCGAAUAACUGCUGCUGGAAGAGAUCAGGACAAAUGACAUAGGAUGAACACUGCUGCCCAGCUGUGUCUGUGUUUGCUGUCAUCCCUUCUCACCCUGGCCUGGGUGGCAGUGCCGCUGUGCCAGGCUUCCCCCUGCUCCUCCCUUGUGGCAGGGGUGCUUUACGGCUCCUUCUCCCUCAGGGACCUUUUCCCCGGCCCACACGGCCUGAGAACUGGCUGCUCGUGGACUGUGGAGAACCCUGAUCCGACCAAGUACACCCUCUACUUCCGCUUCAACCGCCAUGCUGGCUUUUGCCUAGCUUUUUCACCACUAGUGUUGCCCCUGGACCACUACCUCGCCAACCAGACAUGUGGACAGGCGCAGCCCGACCCAGAAUCUGUAGAGCCAUGCCAGGUGCCUGGUCCUCAUGCUUUCCUACAAUUUGAUAAGAACUUUGUGCAGUUGUGCCUCGCUGCAGAGACCAAACAAGAUUCAGAUGACGUAAAGGGACCUCUGUCUGUUGAAACGUUGGACUUCAGGCUUGUAGAAGUUCUGCUCAUCAACAAUGAGAAUUCCAGCCAGUUUACAUGUGGCGUGCUGUGCCGCUGGUUUGAGGAGUGCCUCCGUUCUGGCUCUGGUAGAGAGAGUGAAGGCUGUGGAAUCACCCAAACUGGAUGCGUGUGCCCUAACGCUGGGCCUCCAGUGCCAAUACUGCCCGCUACCCCACACAACCAAUCUCUGGACCCCAGUGCCAGUGUGCUGCUGCCACCCACUGAUGACUGCUGCGUUACCCAACUGCAUGGCAAGAAUGGUAUCUCCAACAUUGCACCCAGAGAUGUUCACCAAGACUUUGACGAUGAUGAGCAGAAGGUCAAGACCCAGAGGCCAAGAUCAGCUGACCAGCCGGGAGUGUUCCAAGCCCAAACAGGUGAUCCAGCAGCCGAGGAGUGGUCUCAGUGGAGUGUGUGUUCGUUGACGUGUGGGCAGGGUUGGCAGGUGCGUACUCGCUCCUGUGUGUCCUCUCCAUAUGGCACACUGUGCAGCGGGCCGCUGAGAGAGACACGCCUUUGUAACAACACUGCCACCUGCCCAGGUGAGCCACAGCAUCAAGCAGUGCGUGGCCUGUGGGAGGAAUGGUCUGCAUGGAGUCUGUGCUCGGUCUCCUGCGGCCGGGGCUCUCGGACUCGGAACAGGAGCUGUGCGGGCCCUGAACACCGAGCCGAGGCAUGCCCAGGUCCUGAUGUGCAGAGCAAACUCUGCUACAUAGCUGUGUGCCCUGUGGAGGGGCAGUGGUUGGAUUGGGCUCCUUGGUCUCCUUGUUCAGUAUCAUGUGGAACUGGCACUCAGCAGAGGCAGCGGCGCUGCAGUGUGUCUGUACAUGGCUGGGCCGAGUGUAAAGGUCCGCACUCAGAAACGAGGGAGUGCACUAACCGGCCUUGCGAUGGGGGUGGAAACUGGGGAGCGUGGAACCAGUGGAGUCAGUGCUCAAAGACGUGCGAUUCAGGUUGGCAGCGCCGCUUUCGGAUGUGUGAAGGCACAGGAAUCCAGAAUUACCCCUGCGAUGGCUCAGGGGAGGAAGUGCGCUCAUGCAACGACAAGAAGUGCCCAGCACCUCAUGAGAUAUGCAAGGAUGAGUACCAAGGUUUAAUGACAUGGAAGAGAGCUUCAGCUGGAGAGACGGUCUACAACAAAUGUCCAUCAAAUGCCACUGGAUCUGCUAGUCGUCGAUGUUUGCUGGACGCUAAUGGAGUUGCUUACUGGGGUCCUCCGAGCUUCGCCCGAUGCAUCUCACUUGAAUAUAGAUAUUUACAUUUAUCUUUACGAGAGCAUCUUGCGAAGGGUCAGAGGACCCUGGCAGGGGAGGGCAUGUCUCAGAUCGUGAGGAGUCUCCUGGAGUUAAUGUCCCGCCACAGCUAUUAUAGCGGUGACCUCUUAUUCUCUGUGGAGAUUCUCCGAAAUGUGACGGACACCUUCAAGCGAGCAACCUACAUCCCAGCUCCCGACGACGUGCAGAAAUUUUUCCAGAUAGUCAGCUUAAUGUUGGACAUGGACAAUCUUCAAAAAUGGGAAGACGCCCACCAGGUCUCUCCAGGAGCCAUACUGCUAAUGCGAGUUGUGGAAGACUUCAUUCAUCUCAUCGGUGAAGCGCAAAAGCCUUUCCAAAGCUUUCUUGCUGUCACCACUAACCUCAUAAUCAAUAUCCAACGAGAGCCAGUAUCAGCUGUCUCCAGCGACAUUAACUUCCCUAUGAAGGGAAGGAGGGGGAUGAAGGACUGGGCACGCUCAGCAGAAGACAAGCUCUUCAUCCCUAAAGAAGUCUUCAGUCUGUCUUCUGAUGAAUCGGACGAGGCUUCGUACUUUGUAAUUGGAGCCAUUCUUUACCGCACCCUCGGCUUUAUUCUACCACCACCGAAAGACCCUUUGGUGAUCAGUUCAAAGAUUUUAAGUGUCACAGUGCGGCCUCUACCCAAACCCACCGAGCCAGUAGUAGUGGUGGAACUGGCACCUCUGCUAAAUGGCACAUCACAGCCGCAAUGUGUUGUGUGGGACCACACCGGCCCUGAGGCUGGUGAGGAAAACUGGGACGCAGAAGGCUGCAAAACGCUCCCGUCACCCGCAUUCCACACUAAAUGUCUCUGCAGCAAGAUUUCCACCUUUGCAAUAUUAGCAGAGAAAGCUAAAGACCCGGAUAUGGGACCGUCUAGCUUGCCCUCAGUACCACUCAUGGUGGGCUGUGGGGUGUCCUGCAUGGCUUUGUUCAUCUUGCUGGUCAUCUAUGCUGCCUCCUGGAGGUACAUUCGCUCUGAGAGGUCCAUCAUAUUGGUGAACUUCUGUCUGUCCAUACUGGCCUCUAACAUACUUAUACUAGUGGGACAGUCUCAGACACUUAGCAAGGGACUGUGCACUGUAACUGCUGCCUUUCUCCAUUUCUUCUUUCUGGCCUCUUUCUGCUGGGUUCUAACAGAGGCAUGGCAGUCUUACCUUGCUGUCGUUGGCAAGAUUAGGACACGCCUCAUUCGCAAGCGUUUCCUGUGCCUGGGUUGGGGUUUGCCAGCCCUUGUUGUUGCUGUAUCUGUAGGAUUUACCAGAGCUAGAGGCUACGGCACACCAAACUAUUGCUGGUUAUCUCUGGAAGGAGGUCUGCUUUAUGCAUUUGUUGGUCCAGCAGCUGUCAUUGUUUUGGUCAACAUGCUUAUUGGGAUUGUGGUCUUCAACAAGCUCAUGUCCAGAGAUGGGAUCUCAGACAAAUCUAAAAAGCAAAGAGCGGGUCCGUCGCUGGAGGCGCGUAGCAGACUGCUCCUCCAGUGCUCCAAGUGUGGUGUGAUCUCCAGCACCGCUUUGUCCGGCUCCACCGCCAGCAGCGCCAUGACAUCAUUGUGGAGCUCAUGCGUUGUUCUGCCGUUGCUGGCACUCACGUGGAUGUCUGCAGUGUUAGCCAUCACAGAUCGGCGCUCCACACUCUUCCAGGUGCUCUUUGCAGUCUUCGACUCAGUCCAAGGCUUCGUCAUCAUCACUGUUCACUGUGCCAUGAGGCGGGAGGUACAGGAUGCUGUGCGCUGUAGGAUGGGUGGAUGUAAGGACGACAGUGAAAAUUCGCCCGACUCCUGCAAAAACGGCCAGGUGCAGAUCAUGACCGAUUUUGAGAAAGACGUGGACUUGGCAUGUCAAACAGAGAGAGGACAUCCAUUCAUCUUCAAGGAGGUGAACACGUGUAACCCAGCUAGCAUCACAGGCACACUGUCACGCAUUUCCCUGGACGACGAGGAUGAUCCCAAGUUAGCUACCCAUCAAGAAGGCAUCAACUUUAGCAGUCUGCCUGGCAACAUCCCCCCGCCCAACCUCUUGGCUCAGGUGCCAACUCUGGGCACAUUGAAUGAGCUCAACGAGACGCCCCGGAAAAAGGAGGUCAAUGUGGAACAGCAGGGGCAGCACCAACGUUCUGCACCAGUCUACCUGUGCACAGAGAGUGCAUUGAGUUGGGCACGGCCAUCUACUGCUGCCACUGACCCAGCAAGCGGUGUAGGGGGUGGCGAAGGGGACUACAUGGUGCUACCACGGCGGACGGUCAGCCUCAAGCCCAAACUGAUACAGGAAAAUGAAAAACCUCUCAAUAUCAGCGUAGAAGACCCACCUUUUCCUCCACCCCCUUCACCCAUGACCCUUCACCCAGCCGAGAGCGAGCCAUUCCCAGCAGACUUUGCCACUGUGGACCAUGUUGGUAUAGGUCUGCACCGAUCCUAUGGACCUGUCAAGCAAGUACCCGUCCUCGCCAGUGCCCACACACUGCAAGUGAAACAAAGCCGGCCAUCCAUCAGGCAGAUCUUCACUUCCGGCAAGGCAGAACGCACCAGGACCCUGCCCCGCAAUUUGGGCAGUGCCAAUGCCAAUGUCUCAGCUGGCUCCCUAGAAAGGAAAAGAGUACGAUACUCUGAGCUGGACUUUGAGAAAGUGAUGCACACUCGCAAAAGACACUCAGAGCUCUACCAUGAACUCAACCACUCCACCAAGUUCCACACCAUAGAUAGGUAUAGCAGGGACCCUGCCGUGACCAUGUUUAAGGACAAGGCCACAGCAGAUGAGCAGCAAUCCUGGGGCAGCUUUAAGACAAUGGCAACUGAGCCGUCAUCUGGCUCCGGCGGACAAAAAAUGGAUCGAGUGGAGCUGCACAGUAAAUCCUGGGACACUUCCUCUGCAAACACUCCUGACACAUCCGAAGGAGACUUCCAGACUGAAGUUUGAGGAAACACACACAGAAAGGACACACACAUAAAUGGAAUGAGAUUUACCAAAAGGAAAAUCUAUAAAAGGAUUAUACAUUUGUUUACGAGAAUAGACCAUUAAAAAAAAAAGACUCUAUAUUUUCACAUGGACACUUUCAGUGAACGAAACUGGGGCUCAGAGAGU